UGGAGUUUAGAUGCAUCAGUUGCUGAAGAGCGAGAAAGAAAUUGUUAUGAAAUUAUUUAUAUUGCUGACCCUCGUCGCAGCGGCAUGCGCCAUCCCGGCAGCUCGAUUGAUCCCUGUUGGCCCAGCAGUUGUUGAUCCAGAACAUGGUAUUGAUGUUGGACCCGCUAUUGAAAAGCCUGAUGAAAUUAUAGUUGGCCCUGCUGUUGUCAAUCCCGAACAUGGAAUUGAAGUCGGACCUGCCGUUGUUAACCCAGAGCAUGGUAUCGAAGUUGGCCCUGCCGUAGUUGACCCAGAGCACGGUAUUGAAGUAGGACCUGCUGUUGUUGACCCAGAGCACGGUAUUGAAGUUGGACCCGCCGUUGUUGACCCAGAACACGGUAUUGAAGUCGGACCUGCUGUUGUUGACCCAGAGCAUGGUAUUGAAGUAGGACCUGCUGUUGUUGACCCAGAGCACGGUAUUGAAGUUGGACCCGCCGUUGUUGACCCAGAACACGGUAUUGAAGUCGGACCUGCUGUUGUUGACCCAGAGCAUGGUAUUGAAGUAGGACCUGCUGUUGUUGACCCAGAGCACGGUAUUGAAGUUGGACCCGCCGUUGUUGACCCAGAACACGGUAUUGAAGUUGGACCCGCCGUUGUUGACCCAGAACACGGUAUUGAAGUCGGACCUGCUGUUGUUGACCCAGAGCAUGGUAUUGAAGUAGGACCUGCUGUUGUUGACCCAGAGCACGGUAUUGAAGUUGGACCCGCCGUUGUUGACCCAGAACAUGGUAUUGAAGUCGGACCCGCCGUAGUUGACCCAGAGCACGGUAUUGAAGUCGGACCCGCCGUUGUUGACCCAGAACACGGUAUUGAAGUCGGACCUGCUGUUGUUGACCCAGAGCACGGUAUUGAAGUUGGACCCGCCGUUGUUGACCCAGAACACGGUAUUGAAGUAGGACCUGCCGUUGUUGAUCCCGAACAUGGUAUUGAAGUUGGACCCGCCGUUGUUGACCCAGAGCACGGUAUCGAAGUUGGACCCGCUGUUGUUGACCCAGAACACGGUAUUGAAGUCGGACCUGCUGUCGUUGACCCAGAGCACGGUAUCGAAGUUGGACCUGCUGUUGUAGACCCAGAGCACGGUAUUGAAGUCGGACCCGCCGUUGUUGAUCCCGAACACGGUAUUGAAGUUGGACCCGCCGUUGUUGAUCCCGAACACGGUAUUGAAGUUGGACCCGCCGUUGUUGAUCCCGAACACGGUAUUGAAGUUGGACCCGCCGUUGUUGACCCAGAGCAUGGUAUCGAAGUCGGACCCGCUGUUGUAGACCCAGAGCACGGUAUUGAAGUUGGACCCGCUGUUGUAGACCCAGAGCACGGUAUUGAAGUUGGACCCGCCGUUGUAGACCCAGAGCACGGUAUUGAAGUUGGACCCGCCGUUGUAGACCCAGAGCACGGUAUUGAAGUUGGACCCGCCGUUGUUGACCCAGAGCAUGGUAUUGAAGUUGGACCCGCUGUUGUUGACCCAGAGCACGGUAUUGAAGUUGGACCCGCCGUUGUUGACCCAGAGCACGGUAUUGAAGUUGGACCCGCUGUUGUAGACCCAGAGCACGGUAUUGAAGUUGGACCCGCUGUUGUAGACCCAGAGCACGGUAUUGAAGUUGGACCCGCCGUUGUUGACCCAGAGCACGGUAUUGAAGUUGGACCCGCUGUUGUAGACCCAGAGCACGGUAUUGAAGUUGGACCCGCCGUUGUUGACCCAGAGCACGGUAUUGAAGUUGGACCCGCUGUUGUAGACCCAGAGCACGGUAUUGAAGUUGGACCCGCUGUUGUAGACCCAGAGCACGGUAUUGAAGUUGGACCCGCCGUCGUUGACCCAGAGCACGGUAUUGAAGUUGGACCCGCUGUUGUAGACCCAGAGCAAGGUAUUGAAGUUGGACCCGCUGUUGUUGACCCAGAGCACGGUAUUGAAGUUGGACCCGCUGUUGUAGACCCAGAGCACGGUAUUGAAGUUGGACCCGCCGUUGUUGACCCAGAGCACGGUAUUGAAGUUGGACCCGCUGUUGUAGACCCAGAGCACGGUAUUGAAGUUGGACCCGCCGUUGUUGACCCAGAGCACGGUAUUGAAGUUGGACCCGCUGUUGUAGACCCAGAGCACGGAAUUGAAGUUGGACCCGCUGUUGUUGACCCAGAGCACGGUAUUGAAGUUGGACCCGCUGUUGUAGACCCAGAGCACGGUAUUGAAGUUGGACCCGCUGUUGUUGACCCAGAGCACGGUAUUGAAGUUGGACCCGCUGUUGUUGACCCAGAGCACGGUAUUGAAGUUGGACCCGCUGUUGUAGACCCAGAGCACGGUAUUGAAAUUGGACCUGCUUUUGUUGACCCAGAGCAGGGUAGUGACGGAGCCCUUUACUCUCCAUUAGUACAAAUCAUCGUGAACAUUGACACUGUCAGCUCUAACUCCAUCACUGUCUAAAAAUUAUAACCAAUUAUGAUGUCUACAUCCACAACAUUAACUCUGACCCAUCUAUCAUCGUUGAACAAUAGACGCUUAGACCAUCAUUGGAGCGCUGGUGACCCUAUCAUCACUGACAAUGCUGCCAACCUUCCCAAUGAAUUCAACUGAGCAGUUACUAUUUCCCACUGUGUUAUUAUUUUAAUAGAAAUUAAAAUUA